UUGCGACCACUAGACCAACGAGGCAUCAAAAUAACUAUUAUCAGUACAUGGAAUUUCUAUUUACACACUUAGGUAACAUUAUUAUCACUUGUGUAAAAGUUCAAUAUUAUGAGCUAACGAAGCUUACGAGGAAAUAUUUCAUAAAAACAAUGUUUCAUUCAAAACAAUAAUUUGCGUCAAUUGAUUUAUACAAUUAAAUACCUGGGGUUAUCAGUGCAAAAAUGCAGUCUCUGUCUUCGCUCAGAAAGUAUUGGACGUUCCCUGAGUUAUCGACAAAAUGACUACCAAAAGAGUUUUAAUCACAGGCUUUGGCCCCUUCGAAAACGCGGACAAUAACCUGAGCUGGGACGGUGUGAAUUAUUUAAAUAAGGACAAAAUUGAGGCUAAAUAUGAUAUAAAACUGUUCACCGAAAAAAUAGAGGUGGUCUACAAAAAUGUUGAUGGCUCUGUACCAAAGCUCUGGCGCAAACAUGAUCCUCACCUAACAAUUCACGUUGGUGUGAGGGACGUUUCCGAGUUCUUGCUGGAGAAGCAGGCGUGUAAGCUUGGCUACCAGGCCGAGGACACGACGGGGGACUGUCCUGGGAUGCACUGGUGCGACGGGCCGCAUGUCCUCAGCACCUCGCUGGACGUGGACCUGGUUUGCGAGGAGUUCAACAGCGCGCCGCCGGCUGAUGACCUGCAGGCGAAGCCCUCGUGUGAUGCUGGCAAGUACGUCUGCGAGUAUACAUACUACGCGUCUCUGUACGAGUCAUCUCCUUGUGCACGAACGUUAUUUGUGCACAUUCCAUACAAGGGGCUACAAGUUGAAAAAAUUGCCCAGGGGUUGGAACGAAUCUUGGAAAUAUGUCUCAAACAGCUCAGAGACGAGUAGAACUACUUAUAGGCAUAAUUUUCUUUUAAAAUUCUUCUGCGCAACUAAAGCUGACUUCACAUUCGUGAAGUUUCAGACGUGUGUUUACCUAUUUGAUUGAUGUGGUAACUACGUAUUAUUAUGUAUAUUAAAUUAAAAACCAAUGCCGAUGAUAGGUACCUACCGAGAUUUUGAAGGUAUUGUGACUUAUAUCCAAACGCAGUGCAUGAGACUAGCUAUUAUAUUAUUGUGUAGGUAAUACCUACAUAUUUGAUAAAGCAUUUAGGCACUAAUUGUAUUGGAUUUCAGAUUUAUGUUCUUACUGUAU